AGACGUGACUUGAAGCAUAAAUUGCGCAAGGCAAGAGAACUGUGCGACGCAGCUGCGAAAAUCCAGGCAGCCUUCCGUGGCCACUUGACACGCAAAGUCGUUACCAAAGAAACGCCUGACGAUGUUGACAUACAGGAGAUCACCAAGAAGGUGGCUGAGGAACUGGAUAUCGAUCUAAGUGAUCCGGAAUUGCAUAAGGCGGCCACUAAAAUUCAAGCCUCCUUCCGAGGUCACAAAAUUCGCAAGGAUAUUGGAACUGAAUAAGAGAAUUUUUCGCCUACUUUCUCAUCAUAAAAACAACAAUGUUGAUGAAGUAUAACAACUAAAUACAAAAGAAAAACUUCAAAUAAAAGAUAAAGCAAAUAUAAAGCAGGAGUAGUAAAAUAAAAGACAAGUGUAAACAUCAUGAAUAAAAAAAAUAUAUAUAAAAAUUGUAACAAUGCAAAAUCGCGCCAUUUGUCCAAACAAAUAUUUGAAAUUAAAAAAAGGUAUACCAAGAUUGCCCUACACACAAACAUACAUACUUACAUACACCGAGAGAAACGAGCAGCGGUCAUUAAAAAGAAAAACUUUUAAAUAGCUGAAAAUAAUAAUUGAAAAUUGUUGAAAAAAAUCUAAUAGAAAAUGUGAAAUGUUAAAGGAAUAUUGAAAAAAAUUAAAUAAAGCUUGUAACUUUUAUUGAAACUAAAGAGAAGUACACAAAUUUGUGCGCAGUGUUGCAUAUUUUGCUAAAUUAAAUUAAUAUGAAAAUCUGAAGCUUUUUAAUAUCAAAUAUUUAUCAGAAUAAAAUAAAUAGAAAAAAUUUAUUUAUUUAAGCACAUUAUUUUAGAGCACACCGGUCGGCGGGAGAAGGGUUUCAUAAUACGUUCUUUGAGCUUUAUGAUAGGUAACUGAGAAAAAAGUAUACAUAUGUAUGUUUAUUGAAUUACUUAGUUAUCAAUACAAAUUGUAUGUAGUUUAUAUAUAUUAUGUAUGUAUGUACAUUUGUUUAUGUAGCAGUCUUUCGCCGACUCUUGUGAUUGUGAUGACUGCAGAGUUGCAACAGGAUAAAUCAAAAGCUUUGCCAAAAUUGUGUAGUUGACCUUAGAUUGCGAUUGAAAUUAUACUUUCCAAUAAUUGCUAAAAUUUAUAUGAUUAAAGAAGUAUAAUGUUUAGCAAAAUUCUUAAAUAAAAAUGACAGAUUAAAACUGCAGGAAAUUUUUAAAACAAAAGCUUUGAAUGUGCAUGGAGCUUUUUGGGGGAAAAUAUAUACAUACAUAUUUUUUUUUUUUAAUUUUGCGAAAAUAUUUUGUUGAAUAAAAAAAUUUAACUUACUACCGUUAAAAGGUCAUAAUUUGGUUUAAGUAUUACCUAAGAUUACUUUUAAUACAUUAAGCUGAUCUAUAAAACCUUGUCCUUAAAUAAGUAAAGAAAAGUUUUAAAAAUCCUUUUUUUAACUUCGCUCGUUGUAAGUUGAUGAUAAUUUAUUUUAAUCGCCUUCUAUGUACUUCUUCAUAAUUUACAGUGAUUGACCUAGAAAUAAGGUCACAUGGUUGGGUUAGAACUAAAACCUAACUUAUAGUUGACCCGCCUACGAUACAUUAUUUCUUCAAUAGCAAUUUUUCAUCCAGUCUAGUUGGAAACGUAGUCUUAAAAUCAGUAUGUCCAUUAAGUAUUGUCAUCAAGCUUAUUUAACGGUUGGUCCAGCCAACGAGCUACUGCGAUGGGUAGGAACUCCUAUGACGGUGCUUGCCUAUUGGUAUUUGAGGUUGUAAAAGCAUACAAAUUUCCCAAAAGGCAUUUUCGGGGGAUGAUAUGGGAGAGACAGUCGUUGGCCGGAUAUGAAUCUGUUUCCAUUCCAUUCCGGUUACGUAGACCCAAAUGUUGUGGGAACACUUGCCGUUGGUGGUUUGUUGUUGAAACAUUGGGUCCAGUGGAUGUGCGAAGUAGGUAAAGAUCUCGUCCGUAGGUUCAUAAGGAUUCCUUCUGAAGUGGUAGAUGGCUCUGCUUCCAGCAAAUGCCUGUUUGAAUACUCUCUUCGAUAUUAGCUAAGCAGUAAUUUCUUGCUGAGCAUGAAAUUGUGCCCCUUGAGACCAUUGGCAGCAUUGAAGCCUCGCUAUGCAUAUAACGACAUAAGAAGGCAAAACUUUGCUGUCCGGAGUGUUGUGCUUUGACUAGUCUGGAGCUUCGUCGACUGCGUCCUACUAGUUCCCAGUGAACAAACAGACGCAUCAUAGUUCAAAACCGUUCAAUCAAAUGCCUUGCAUAUUGCUAACCAAGUUUCUUUGCCUUUGUCCCAAGUGUUACCGGCGAGCGAUUUGAGGGUCUUGUCGCGACUCUGUUAAUCGUCGGUAUUGUCGUAAACGUGGAUGCCUAACUGCAACUUGUCGUCUUUCGUACAGUCAGUAAAAAGGGUCCCCGUUGAGUUUGUAGAAGGGAGAGUAAGACUCCGUGCAGUGAAGAAGCGAGAAAACUCGAAGAGGUAGCCGUUUAGUUUCCAACACAGGUCAUAAAUGCUAUUCCCAGACGCCAAUAUCGAAUAAUGCUCAACGUAGGAGAUCGGAAAUACUCCCUCCGGUGGCUGAGGAAACUUCGAGAUGUGGAAGUUAAACACCUUUUUGCCUCCUCUAGGCUUGGAAACUUGGUCUCGAGAAAAUUCUGACGACUGCCGAUGACUCAGAUGAUUUUUCCUCCACCUUUUUGUCCCAGUUCGGGAGAAGAUGUCCCAAUGCCUUCUAGUAACGUUGAAUGACAAAAAGUAUGCCUUUGAGAUCAGAAAAACUCCCUCUCGUAGCUGAGGAAGCUUACACUACAAUAUAUCCAUAUGUGGGACAAGUUUUUUGAUUCCUCUAGGCUUGGGGGUUUGAUCUCAAAAAAAUUGUGACUACUGUCGAUCACACAGAUGAUUUGUCGUCCACAUUUUUAGUCCCAGUUUGGGAGACGAUGCCAAUUGUCUUCUAGUUACGUCGAAUGAUAAAAAGUGUUCGUUUGACUAGUCCAACGCUACUUGAACAGUUCCCUUACAGAGAUGGUUACAGUGUAAGCCGCAAAUCGACUGAGUGUUUAUGGCAUUAAAUGCCGUAGUGGUGUUGUGAACAUCACAGCAGCCAUGUUGAUGCGUAGCGGGGUAGAAUGGGUAUUUGAUUUAGCACAGAUCUAGUUAGGCUGCAGCACUAACAUGUCCUAACAUCAAUGGUUAGUUGGUCUGAUGCAAGCGAGUCCUUCGUUUGUGUUGAACUAAAGUUUUUUCACAGCAACGCAUCUUGGUACUAUACUACCAAUCGCCGCAUAUGCUUCCAACAGCAUGUUUCGCCUGUUCUCCAAGUGCAAGUGGUGUUCGACUUGAGGAUUUUAAUGCGGGGUUUCUCCGUGCCGAAGGUAGCCCUAAAAAAAAUUCGAUUAGUUAUGAUCAACAUUUUGGUAUUAAUGACUCAGCGAUUUACACUAUAAAUUUAGUCGGAGUUUAGGCCCCAUUUUUUUCCUAAUGCCCAAAUAACCUUACUCUGUUACCGAAGACACUUACUUAACUCUAUUAGGGCCAUAUAUAAUUAAAUAAAUAUUUGACGCUUGCACUUUUGCUUAAUAUUUGGUCAAGCUUCUCCUCCAAUUUGUGGUGUGGAUUGUAGUUUAUUCAAAACUAGUAAAAUAAUUUAUGGUCAAAAAUAUUUAAUUCCCUCUAAAAGACCAAAAUUAUUUGCCUAGAAGUAACAAUAUUUAAGUUGUGUACCAAGUAUAUUCUUGUAACUUAGUUUCCUAAGCAAUGUGCUCCCAAGCAUACAUACUUUAAAUAUUUUAAACAUAAUUUUAGUAAAACUUUUACUUAAUACUAAUUAAAGAAAAUAAAAGAAAAGCAUUGCAGCUGUUUCGUGGUUUUAUUUAAACUGAAUUGAGUAAAAAGUACUUCAACUUCGCACACACAAAGGUACAUAACCAACACAAAAAAAAACAAAACAAAUACCAAAGAGUAAUUAAUAUUUAUAAAAUAAAUUAACAUUGUUUACAAGAGUAACGACCAAAAAACUAAGCAUAAUAUGUAUCAACAAAAAACGGCUAAACUUCAAUUAAAAAAUGAGCAUGUAAUACAUUGUAAAUGAACACACGCAGGCCAAUGUAAGCGUUAAAAUGAACAAACGCAGCAUAAUAUCAACAUAAUUAGUUACAUAUGAACUAUGGCAUGCUCCUAUACGCCUUAAAUGCUGGCGAACUAAAAAUGUUUCAAUAUCAAAACAAAAACAGUAGUUAAAUACAUAUUUAUAUUUAUUUUAACAAAAACACAUUUCAAUUCACCGCACAAGCUACUCAACUUUGUCACCCUCACGAAGAUUAUGGAACGAGCGGAUGUUAGUUAUUUACUCAUACACUUUUGAACAAAUAUCGAAAAGCUUGCAAAAAUUAUUAAAUGAAAACUGUACAGUUAGAUUAAAUCGAUCUAUUUUCUGUUUUCAAUAUACUAACACGCAUACAGCUCAGCAGUCUGAAUUCAUUUACGUUUUUACUUUACAAAAAUUCAUUUAUCAAUAUUUACAUAUAAUUUAGUUGAAUACAUAUGUAUGUAUGUAUGGAGCUGUAUUUCCAGCAUUAAUCUAAAUCUUUUCCAUAUUUUACUCUAAUUAACUGAUACAAAAUUUUUAAUUCAACCUCGAUAAGGAAACAUAUAAGCAAAUUAAAUUAAAUUUUAAAUUCAAUACCGGAAUGUAUUUUAAUAUAAUAGCAAUGCAUAACAGUAGGUACACACUGGCUAUGUGCAUACAUGUGUUAAAUCACCAGCCCCAUAAACACAAAAAUAUGAAUAUUUUCACGCUGCAUAUUCAUUGGUGGCGUAUAGGCUUGGCCUCUCUCUCUCUACAUGCCUACAACUCUUAUUCAAUUUCUAAUUGAAAAAGUAAAUUUACACAAAUUUGACCAAAGUUUGAAACAACCAUAAUGGUAAACUAAAAAUUGUCAUGUCGCAAAGUAUAAGGAAGAAAGUAAAUUUAAAGAAAUUUAAAAUAAAAUCAUAACAGCAAUUUAGUGAAAGUAAUAAAACUAAUAAAAGAACAAAAACUACAACAAA